AUGCGACAAAGAGCCUACAUCACCAAUGCACUGAGAAGGCUUAUCGCCUCUCCAGGUCAGCCUUCCUUUUCUCAACCGAAAAUCCAAAUCCCAUCCAUAUGGCCUUCGACAGGCUCCAGUCUCGGCGUCCUCGCGCCUUGCUUGCGCCUCAUGCGAGCAAAGUGGCUGUCGUUCGAUCUCCAUCUUUCGGCACUUUCCCUCGCCUUUCUCGUUCGAGCUGCAGCUCUCGACACCGCCGUUUUCCCCUCUUCUUCUUCUCCCUUUCCUUCUGCCGGUGCACUAUCUUCGCCGAGGCACGUGGAGGUCCAGGCCGCCCGGCUCCUGCGUCUGUUGAGCGCGGAGACGAGCAGAGCUUCCUGGGCUGUGUUGCCUCUCCUCUCGCGCAGCGCACUCGCCUCGCUCCCAGACUGCCGCCCCCCGGCGGGGCCUCGCCCGACGCUUUCUGGCCACCCAACGCAUGCGGGGCCCUCGCUGGGUGCUCGGGCGAAGCGGCGCUCUCUCGCGCUGUCUCCGCCGGACGGGGAAGCGCAGCAACACGCGGGGACUCUGCCGUUUCGCGGAAACGCUCCCAGCCAGACGCAGGCAAACCCGCUGCAUGCGCCCGUCGGCAGUCCCGCGGCGGGAUCCUCGCGAGGCCCAGCAGCGGCCCGUCGAGGGGCCGCGAGCGGCGACGGAGGGGCGAGCGACGACGGAGGGGCGAGCGACGACGGAGGGGCGAGGAGUUUAGAAGACCGCGGGGGAGGAGACAGCGAUCCGUUCGUGGUCGUGGCUGCAUGCGCAGAUCCCAAAGCGUCCCUUCAUUUCAGCCCUGACGCUGCGCCCGUCUUCCGGGAAUUGUACGCAAACCCGGUGUUCCUGAAUCUGCGUGCGGCCGCCUGCUACGGACUGAGAAGGUUCGCCCGCGAAGGUCGAAGUGGCCUUUCAGAGAGCCGGACCUCUGUCUCGGACGCCGCGACUGUCUCGUCCAGCCUCCCCGUUGCUCCCGCGUCUUGUCCAGCCGUUCGCUCCUCUCGGUUUGCGCCUGGCUUUGAGGCAGAGUCGGCGAAGAUCCCUUCCGCUUCGCCCUCCGUCGACGACGUGCCAGAGAGCCGCCACUUGCCGUGGCAGCCGAUCCUCUCGUGGGACGCGUUCGCACACGAGCCCGCCGUUUGUCGGCUUGUUGAGGAACUUUUCACCGCCUUUUGGAAAGCGAAAUUCAUCGAUUUCGAACUCUUCGACGCAACAGUGGAAGUCCUCAUGGCGUCCUGUGCCGACGGCCAGGCUUCGCUCUCGUCGUCACGCCCUUUUCGCCGCGCCAGCGCUGCGACUUCUCACGCGCAGCAUCCUCCGUCUUCGUCUUCUGAUUCCGUUCAUUGCUCUUCUCCUGCUUCGUCGUCCGAUAAUGCUUCUUCUUCUGGUUCGUCUCGACUUGAGUCGGAGUUCCUGCACGCCUCGCGUGCCUGUAGUUCCUUGAGUCACCUGUUCCUUUCUCUUGAAACGGAGGUUGGCUCCUUCGUCUUCUGUGGACCGCGCCGUUCUCCUUUCUCUCGGUCUCCGCUUCGAUCGCUGGCCCGUUUGCAGACGGCUUCCUCGACUGUCCCUCCAGCCCUCGCGUCCCCGGCGCCGGAGGACGACUCUUCGCCCGUGGAUUCGUGGAAUCCUGCCAAUGUAGCUUUGCCCACGUCUGCAGUUUCGUCUUCUCCCUUGCCGUCGCCUGCGUAUCCUCCGCCCUCCUCGUCUUGCAAUUCCGCGGUUUCGCCUCUUCCCUCGUCGCUCUCUCCUCCCGCGUCUGUUUCGCCUUUUCCCUCGUCGCUCUCUCCUCCCGCGUCUGCCCCCGACGGCACCGGAGGAGCCGAAGACGAAGACAAGACAUUUUGCUCGAACAUAGAGAGAGACAUCCCCGCCCUUGUUGGCUGGCGCGUCUCUCGGCGAGUAGCAACAAACUCCCCAGAAGCAUCUGUCGCGGCUCAUGUCUCCAUCUCUUCUCCUGUCUCCCUCUCGCCUCCUGUCUCCCUCUCUUCUCCUGUCUCCCUCGCAUCUCCUGUCUCCCUCUUGUCUCCUGUCUCUCUCGUUCCCGGGUCCUCCGACGGCUGUGCUGGUCCCUCGUGCUUGUCCUCAAAAGAGAGGAACUCAGACGCGGGGCUCAGGAGGCCAAACGACCAAGAGCGGUUCGGUUGGAGUGUCUACGAAGUGCUUGAGGCGAUCGCGGGAGCGAUUUCCGGCGUUCUUCGCAGCGAAGAGGAAAGAAGGAAAAGAGGCGCGCCUUUACUUCCCAGCUUCUACGAGAGCCUCCCCUUCGCCCUCACCAAUGUGCUCGAAGUCGCGGUAGACCUCCGCGCGUACUUGAAAGAGGAGACGGUGCGGCGAAGACGCGACAGCGCCAGUCUACUUUCUCCGCUCGCUGUUCAGCCCCAGCGCGCGGGCCUUGCGCAGCCUCCCAGGGCGAAAGAGGCCUUUCCAAACGGCGAGAACGCACACGGAUAUCCUGGCGGGGCCGCGCCUCCGCGAGGCGAGAGACGCGAGGCAGCACGCGACACCGGCGCAGCCGCAACAGCGAACGAGGAGGCUGGUCGCGAGCUCGAGAGCCGCGUACGCGCGGAAGCGAGUCUGUUACAGGACAAGCGGACGCAGCGCUCAGACGGCGAGACACCGAGACAUUUGGCAUGCGAGGAACCGGCGCGCGACGGAAGAGAGACAGAAAGAAGACUCCAGCGAAUCGAGAGCGUUGCGAACCAGCUCGCCUGUGAUGUCAGCUUCGUUCUCACUGGGCUUUUAAAUGCGGAAAUCGCCAGUGUCCUAACGCAGAGGGCAGACACAAGACGCAAACAAUGUCAAUCUUCCUCUCUUCAGAUACCAGACGACGGCAGACACACUCGCAAUCUGUUCUCUCCUCUUCCUUCUUCUCGGUCUUCUUCCUCUUCUUCUUCCUCUUCUUCUUCCUCUUCUUCCCCUUCUUCUUCUUCCUCUUCAUCUCCUCCUCCUUCCCCUUCUUCUUCUCCUCCUUCCCCUUCUUCCUCCCCUUCUUCUUCCCGCUGUUCCGCGCACCCACCUGUCCCCUGGACUCGGGAGCGUCUUCGCUUUCUGCUCUUUCGUCUUGCAUCGACGGAGUGCUCGGUUCCUCCCUCGCUGUGUGUGGCCAUCUGCCGGUGGAUGCUGUUUGUCUGGCGAGGCUCCUCUCAGCCCCCCCCGUCCCGCGCGUCGCUCUGCGGCGUUGAGAAGUCUCACGCGCCCGCGGGACGCGGAGGAGAAGCCACGGGAGACCGCGAGGCGCCGGAGUCAGCCCUCGAGCCUCGGCGCGAGGCGCGAGAAGCGCCGCUCGCGUGCGUGCCUCGGAGAGACGUCGGGAAGGAAGCGCUCGGCACGACAGAGGGAUCGGAUCGCUCUACUAGAGGAUGCGAAGAAGGGAGAAGCGCGGCGCCUCUGCGGCUGUCUGACGCUGCAUGCGGCAACUACAACGUGCACGAGACGGCGCAGGCCGCGCCGGAGGACGGCGCACUGUCCGGUCUUCCGUUCGAUCUCCAGGAAGAAGAGAACCGCCUCCUCUUUGGUGGAUUGAAAGAGAUCUUGACUGCUGAGGACUGGGCUCGGGCGCUCUACUCUCUGGCGAUUCUCUUUCCGCACGCAUCGCUUCCCUUUCGCCACGUGUAUCUCGCUGCCUGUCUCCUGCCGUGCCCGCCUGACCCAGCGGCUGCUGGCGCACGACCGAGGUCGCUGGUGUCCUCGAAACACAAUCGGAGGGCGGACCCGCCUUCGGUCCCACGACCUACAGAGACGCACCUUUCUUCCGGACAGGCGCUCUCUCCUCCAGGUUCAUCUUCGAAGGCUUCGCUCCUGGGUCGGCCUGUCGGUCUGUUGUCCGAUGUGAUCGCGUUCAACGCGUUCUGUCAGAUCUGUCGCCUGCUUGUGCUCUCCACCUUUUCGCCGUUUUCGCACCUCGCGUCUCCCUGUAGGGAAACGCAGAGGCUGCAAGGCGAUGAGUAUGCCCACCGAGCGGGGCCAGAUGGAGCGUCCGCUCCGUCUCUGUGUGGAACUUCCUUCUCCUUUUUCCGCACUCAGCUCCUGCGCCCGCUGGUCCAAGCGACGCUCGAGGAGUUCCACAUCCUCCCUCGCUCCUCCACGUCCUUCCCGUCUGCUUACGCGUCUCCGCCUGAGUCUUCCUCCUGCCUCGGCGCGUCUCCUGUUUCCUCUUCUCCUCUCAGCGCGGCUUCGGGGACAGAAGCGCCCGAGGAUGCGGAGCGUCGAGAAUGUUUUCCGCGUCUCUUCCACGCGGUUGGCGAGGCUCUCUCGAGACGCCUCGAGAAGGAAACAGAUGCGCACCUUCAUCUCCUGCAUUUGGACAGCGCCAGGAAGACGGACUGCGGUGGCAAACUGGACGAAGAGAGAGGAGAACAGACGCAGAAGAGAGCACGGUACGUGUUUUGCGUUGCCGACGACAGAGACACAACCGGCAUCCUCGACCCCGCGUUGCGGCUCCGACCCCCAUACACUUCGUCGCGUCCUUCUUCGCGGUCUUCGACUUUGCUCUCGGCGGAGCGAGGCGCGGAAGGAGGCGCGCCAUCUGGGAGCGUCGAAGGCCGCCGCUCUGUGGACGCCACAGGCUCGACGUGGAUUGGGCCGGCCGGCGACGACGAUUCGGACUGUCUCUUUCCCAGUGCAGUGGCGAGCCUCUCGGCGACCCACAACGUCUCCCAGCCGCUCUACGAAAAGAUUCUCUGCCUGGCCUUUUGCACCGGCGAGGAGUUCUGGAGGAACGAGGCCGGAUCGAAGGUGGAAGAGCGGGGGAAACGGAUGCAAGACUCUCGCCGAUCCUCGACGCCUUCCAAGCGAACGCAUCUACCGUCGCCACAACCCUACGCGUCUUCAAUCUACAUUCCUAACAAGACGACUCUUGGUACACCCCGUUCGUUCUCUUCCUCCUCUGCCUCUCCGCCUUCUUCGUUAUCGCCUGCCACCGGAAACGCGCCAUGUUCGCUCUCUACUGAGCGUCCCGCCCCCCUUGCGCGCUCACGGGCGCCUCGCCCGGAGUCUCCCGACCCUCAGCCACGCCCAGCGAAUGCGGGGAAACGACUGUGGCCGGCCGCCUCGGCUUUGGCAAAAGAGAGGAGCCUUCUCUCCUUCUUUAUGCCGCCGGAGAACUCCGCAAUCAAAGCAGAAAGAGAAGCCGCUCCGCUGAAGCACCCUGGAGACACCGAGACGCAGGCAAGCUCUGUCGCCACCGCGCAGGACGCGCUGGCGUCUCCGCGCGAGCGAGAAGUCGCAGACGCGCUCAAAGCCGACGUAGCAGCGGAGACAGGGCGAGAGGGGAGAGACGCCCAAGUGCAAGAGAUCAAGGAGGCAGAGAAGGCUGACGAGCCUCGCAGGCGCCAGAACGGCGAGGGCGACUCCCUGAACGGCGAGGGCGACACAGGAGAGAGGCGACAGCGACUGGCGACGUCAGGAAGGCGCGAAAGAUUGACGGAGGGCGAGAAAUGCUGCUAUUUCAAAGACCUGCCACACGUCGUCUGGGAAUCCAAACACCUCAUGGUCUUGUACAAACCGCCGUUCUGGCGGGUUAAUUUGGAGCGCAGCGAACGGCCCGAGACCGUUCGAGAGCGCAUCGCUCUGUGGGCGCCUUCGGUCGCGGCGUCCCUCCCUGCGUCGCCCCUGCAUUUCUCCCCUUCUUUGAGGAAACGAGCGCUGGAGAUCUUGGCCGGAGGCGGCACGUCCGAGCCGCUGCAUGCGUACAUGCAGAUCGCUUUAGGAAAAAGACAAGACGGCACGGCGGAGAGGCCAGCGGCCGAGAGACAGGCAGACGCCCUAGGCUCGCGAGCCGACACCGCAGCGACGCAGCAGAGCGACAGAGAAGCACGAGACAGAGAAGAAGAGAGACUCGCGCUGCUCUUUGAUGCAACCCACCAGUUCGGCAUAGGCCACCGCCUCGACACGCCGACCAGCGGCCCUCUUCUGGUAGCCAAGUCGUACGCUGGUCUGGCCUUUCUGCGUGCGCAGCUCGCGUCCUGGAGACCAAAGAAAGUCUACCUCGCACUCGUGUUCGGGGCCGUGCCGCUGAGGCGAGAAACAGUUCGGCUCGUCCAUCCUCUUCGACCGACCUUUGAGGCCAGGCAAGCGGGAAAAAAAGAGAUGGAAGUGGCCAGCACAAUCGAUGCGAAGAUCGCCCUCCUUUUCUUGACUGCUCUCGCACAGUACUCGUAUGCCGGACGUGAUUUCACCCUGUGUCGCGUGGAGCCUGUGACCGGGCGAACGCACCAAAUUCGCGCGCAGCUCGCCCACAUCGGCCACCCCAUCGUUGCAGAUCCCAUCUACGUGAAGGAUCCGGCGGACCGCGCUCUCGGGCGAAGCCUCUCCAAUCGCCUUUUCCUGCACUGCGUUUCGCUUUCCUUUUUGAAUAUUCUCGAGCACCAAGAGAACCCGGGGAAAGAGCGCGACACCACAAGCGCGGAGCCCAGGAGACACGAAAAAAAAACGCAUCUGAAUGAGCAGGAGGGGCCCGAAAAAAGCCGUCUGACCCUGCCAACAGAGAGCAUCGACUUGAAGGGGAAAACAGAGACGGAGGCGCCAGGCUUGUCGCGUUUCUCUUUCCGACAUGUCACCGUCGAGACGCCGCUCCAUCCAGACCUCAGGUACACGCUCAGUUUGCUCAGGAAAGUCUCUCCCUGA